AAAAAGAAAACUAAACAGACAAAAAAAAAAAAAGAAAAGAAAGAGGAAAUUACCGGCUAACAACCCCUUCUCCGCAUGCCUCGCCCUUCAAGUUCAACCACGGUUAUUCUCAAACCCUUCCCCAUCGUUUGGAUCCGCCGGUUUUUAUUCGGGAUCGGUCUCCCGCAAUUCUGCCUCAUCCUCUACAAUUCCAACCAGGACCUCCAUCCGCAGCCACCCGCCGAAAAUAGACCGGGAAGGUCUAUUGGUUUGGGAAAAGCGAUGCGAGCUACUGGAAGUAGAUACUCCGUAGGGUCCCUUUAGUUUUACUCUUAAAUGAAACCCGCCAGUUAGAACCCUUUACCUGGGAUCUUCGUAAUCGGACCUCGUGCCAUGCCACUUUUCCCCAUCCGUUCACGACUGGAGCAAAACGCGGGGGAUUCCCAGGAAACUUCCACCGGCUGCAUCUCCUGCCAUUGUGAUUGAUUGGAAUUUUAAGAAUGGCCUUGUGUUUCGGGAUCUUAUGCUUUUGAUUUUUUUUUUUUUUUU